AUGGGAAAACGUUUUGCCGAUAUCCAAUCAUCGACGCCACAGCAAUUUUGGCUGCGCCACAGAGUCGUCGGGGACCCGCUGCGGGAAGGGCAGGCCAAUAAAGAGGCCGUUGCCCGGCCGUUGCGACUGUUGACAAGCUACUACUCUCGGCGGUACGUACCUUGUGGCACCGUGGCUUCAUGGGAUCGCGAGCAGCGGGCGUCCACUGGCGCGUUAAUUCUUGUGUUCAAUAUUGGGAAUGGAGGCUGCAAACCUGUGGCCAGAUCAACUCACGGCCCUCUGGUAACUGUUAGCGUGUCGCCAGUCGACGCCGUCGAAUCGAGCAUCUCCCUUGAAAAGAGCAAAUGCGUCUCAUAUCCCCGCUUACUGGUGGGACAAAGGCUCUGUCUGACGUAUCUUACUGGCCGUUGUACCUGGGCGACCAAGCAACCAAGCGGCGUCGCGAACCGCGCCAGUGUUCCGUCGAAAGACUCCGCUGAGCUCCGCCGUCAAAACACCUCCAACGCCCUCAGCUGCCAUCUUCUUGACAUAAACAUCACUCCCUCGCCCUACUCCCAGUGCUCAUUACUUCUAGGCCGCCCAUCUCUUCUCCCUCCCUCCUUUUUGAUACUCUUUGCUGCAUUCGCAUUUGCAUCUUUCUUUGGGCAGAGGCACCUGUUACCCCUUCAGCUUAACCUUCUCUCCAUAUCUCGUCGCCAGCAUUCCAACCGCGCUGUUGUGACCCUACCCCAUCUAUCCCCGAUCCAAAAGGCGGCUAGAACAACCCGUCGGGCGGCGGUCGCCAAUGAAAACGACGAGAACAGCAACACGCGUAUGACCACCAGAGCCACCAAGUCUGUCCUCGGAGACGAAGGCAGAGUUACCAAGGGAGCUCUACAGACCAAGAAGCCCGCCGUUUCCGCCGGCACUCGCAGCGCUCUCAACGAUCUGAGCAACCGCGCCAGAACCGAGUCGUUUGCGGCCAAGAAGGCUGUUGGCAAGGGGGCUUUCGUUUCCAAGGUCCAGCCCACGACGCAAAAGCCGACGGUACGUGCUGCUUCCAAGGCCGUCCCCAAGGAGCAGCCCAAGCGUGUCGAGAAGAGAACCAUUGGCAGCAGCGGAACUUCUCAGAAGCGGAAGCUCUCUACGCAAGAAAAGGAAACACUUUUGGAGAUUGCGAAGGAGCCCGCUACUACGACCAAUCCGGAUAUCAAGCUCGAGAGCAAGCCCAGCAAAUAUGACCAUGGCCCGUUCGACGAGAUUGAUGACGAGGAUCGUGAUGACCCUCUCAUGGUAGCCGAGUAUGCUACUGAGAUCUUUGAUUACCUGCGUGAGCUGGAGCGCAAGGCUAUCCCCAACCCCCGGUACAUGCGGCACCAGGAUGAGCUCGAGUGGAGCACGCGUGGCAUCCUCGUCGACUGGCUCAUCGAAGUCCACACGCGUUUCCAUCUCCUUCCCGAGACGCUGUUCCUUGCCGUCAACAUUGUUGACCGCUUCCUCUCAAAAAAGGUCAUUCAGCUCGACAACUUCCAAUUGGUUGGCAUCACUGCCAUGUUCAUCGCGUCCAAGUACGAAGAGGUUCUCUCCCCCUACCUUACCAACUUCAAGCGCAUCACCAACGACGGAUUCACCGAGGAGGAAAUUCUGAGCGCUGAGCGCUUUGUCCUGAGCACCCUCGACUACGAUCUCAGCUAUCCCAAUCCCAUGAACUUUCUUCGUCGUGUGUCCAAGGCGGACAACUAUGACAUUCAGUCUCGGACGAUUGGCAAGUAUCUCACCGAGAUUAGCCUGUUGGAUCACCGCUUCAUGGCCUACCCCCCUAGCCACGUCGCUGCGGCCGCCAUGUACCUGUCGCGCCUGAUGCUUGACCGCGGGGUCUGGGACGAGACGCUCGCCCACUACGCCGGCUACACGGAAGAAGAGCUGGAGCCCGUUGUGCAGCUCAUGGUGGACUACCUCGCCCGACCCGUCGUACACGAAGCCUUCUUCAAAAAGUACGCGAACAAAAAGUUCCUCAAGGCCUCCAUCAUCUCUCGUCAAUGGGCCAAGAAGAACGCCGUUCUCUUUGGCAUAAUGGACAUUGACCUGUCGUUAUAUCACCUUGACGAAUAA